AGGUUCUGACUAUGGAGGAGGUGGCCAAGCACAACACCAAGGAAGACUGUUGGGUCGUCCUUUACGGCAAGGCCUACGACUUGACCAAGUUCGCCAAGGUCCAUCCGGGCGGCGCCAAGCUCAUUACCGACGCCGCCGGCAUGGACGCCACGGCCAUCUUCGAUCCGAUCCACCCCAAGGAUAUCAUGGACAAGCUCCUGAAGCCGUCCCUGACCAUGGGCGUGGUUGAUGCUGCAACGAUCAAGCCGGAGCACGUUGCGAAGCCUCCUGAGGCUCACAAGCCUAAGCCCAAGAAGAAGGCGGUGAAGGCAGAUGCUGCUGAGGAGGAGGUUGAGGAGUUCAAGAAGCCUCCUUUGGCAGCCAUGCUCAACAGCUUUGACUUCGAAUCGGUGGCACGGGAGGUCAUGGAGCCACAGGCAUGGGGAUACUAUUCCAGUGGAGGUGAUGAUGAGAUCACUUUGCGCGACAACCACUUGGCCUUUCAGAGGAUCACCAUGCGCCCGCGUAUUCUCGUGAAUGUCCGCGAGAUCGACAUGACCACGAAGAUCCUCAACGUCCCGGCUGCCUUGCCGUUGUACUUCACUGCCACUGCCUUGGCCAAGUUGGCUCACCAGGAGGGUGAGCUGGCUAUCGUGAAGGCAGCCAAGAAGGCGGGUGUCCCAUACAUGCUGCCUACCCUGAGCUCCUACACCUUGGAUGAGAUGUUGGCUGCGCGCACACCAGACCAGGUGGUGUUCUCUCAGCUCUACGUGAACCCUGAGAGGUCUCGGUCCGAGGAGUAUGUCGCCAAACUGGAGAAGGCUGGUGUCCAGGCAUUGUUCGUCACCGUGGAUGCUCCUCAGCUCGGGCGACGUGAGAAGGACAUGCGCAACAAGUUCACCCAGCAGGGAUCUGAUGUGCAGGGUGAUGAAGAGGAGGAGGGUGGUGUGGACCGUUCUCAGGGCGCCACCCGCGCCAUUAGCAGCUACAUCGAUCCUGGCCUCAACUGGGAGGACGUGCCAUGGCUCAAGAAGAUCACUUCCAUGAAGGUGUUGCUGAAGGGUGUGCAGUGCGCGGAAGAUGCAGUGAUGGCAUUCAAGGCUGGCUUGUCUGGCUGCGUCUUGUCCAAUCACGGUGGUCGUCAGCUGGACACUUGCCGUCCUGGUAUUGAGGUUCUGCCUGAGGUCAUGGAAGCCCUCAAGGAGGCAGGGGCGACCAAGGAGACCUUUGCUGUUUUCAUUGACGGUGGUGUUCGACGUGGCGGUGACAUCUUCAAGGCUGUUGCCCUGGGUGCUCAAGCCUGCGGAGUUGGACGUCCAGUCUUGUACUCCUUGGCUUCCUACGGCCAGAAUGGUAUCGUCCGCAUGGUCCACAUGCUGCAGGAUGAGCUGCAGAUGGUCAUGCGCUUGGCCGGUACUCCCAACAUCCCCUCCAUCACAGAGAAGCAUGUCAUUACCACCAACCUGGCUGACCACAUCGUGCCGCUGCCGGUGGACAACCUCACCAUGAAGACCUACCAGGGAUUGGAGCCAGCAGCAAAGCUCUAAAUAAAGGCAAAAAGUCCAUGCUGGCCGUGCAGGCCUUAUGCAGCAUCUGAACCAGAUGCCAGGACAUAGGGCGUUACGUGUGUGACGUACGCCUCUCUACAACAGACUGACUGUUGAUGAAUUUUCCUGUCCAUAGCUUUGGCAGAAGGUCUUUAGAAGGAGAC